AUGACUUCGUCACGACGCGACUAUCGAUUUGCAUCGAAUGAUAUUGUGGAAGCUUUGUGCGACGAUGAAGACUCGGAUGUGGAGUCAUGUGUGGAGGAGGAAAUUGAAGAAAAGGAGGAGGGUGUUGAAAAUAUGCCGAUGAAUGUCCCUAGACUCGAACCUGAACAAACCAGUAUUCCGGAACGUGCACGGAGGGCAGUUCGAGGUCAACGAAAUCAGCGGGGGCGGACCGCACUUUCAUCUACUCUAGAACGAUCGUCGCGUUCGACAACUAACCUAAAAGAAAUGGAUGAACCCAUCGGGUGGACGUAUACACCAAGAGAACAGCCUCUUGAAAACCCCGUUUUCAAACAGAAAGAAACUUUAGAUUCGUACUGGUCAACUAGAGAAAUUAUUCAUACACCCUAUGCUAGCAAAAUAAUGACAAGAGCUCGGUUUAGGGCUAUUUAUAGCUGUUUACAUCUAAACGAUAAUUCUAAGCACAUCGCACGGGGUCAACCAAACUACGACGCCUUCUUCAAGCUGCGACCAUACUUCGAUGAGCUCAGUAAAUUGUGUAAGGAGAGCUUCUACCCCGGGGAAGAAUUGACUAUUAACGAGGGAACUUGUGGUUUCAGAGGAGAAUCCAUUUCCGAGUUCAAUAAAGACAAGCCCGACAAGGACGGCAUGAAGAUCUACAUGUUGUGCGACACUGAGACUGGCUAUAUUUUGAGAAUGAUACCUUACGUUGGUGACUCAAAAACUGUCACUCAAAUAGUCACAGAACUCAACGAGUCUUACUUCGACAAAUGGCAUACUGUUUACAUGGACAGAUACUUCACCAGCCCUACUGUAGCCGAUUUGUUUUGGCUUAGAAACACACGCAUCGUUGGCACUGUGACGCACGAAAUGGCUUUCUUUCACUGCGGAAAUUUAACAGCCUUGGCUAGAGCAACGGUGAACGCGUACAUAAUUUAUAAUAAAUCAAGAACGCAGGCACGGAGACCGAAAUUUUCUCAGUUUCUAAACACCUGCGGCGACGCUCUCCUGGAGAAUGUACGGUCUGCUGGAGCUGAUAGUGCUGCUGGACCAUCUCAUGGUCCACAUCCCACUGCAAAGUCUACUAGGUCUCGUAAGAUGCGUGAUGGAGAUAUCGAAGGCCUUCUCAGGCGUUUAGAAAAGGGGAACAUCUCAGAUGACGAGGAAGACAUAGGGAACGAAAAUGAUAUUGAUUACUAUCUAAAUGUACAAGAUAUUUUGAACGAGUUGGAUAUUGAUAAUGAUAAUGAGGAAGUCGAUGAAGACACUCCACUUGUAUCUGAAGAAGAACCUACUGAAUCUGCUGAAUCUUCGACUGACCAACUACUCCAGUGCCUUCAUCUGCUCUAUCAGUACCGGCGUUAUCGGGCCCUUCAGCUUGAUAGCAGAGUCAUCUCGCUAAUUAGCACUUGGAUAUCUCCAGUAAUAAUUACGGAAGAGGACUACAUUUGUGAAGCGUGCUUUGAUGUAUCCAUGCAGUCUAUUAAUGCUCAAAUUCAUGGAAACAAUGAGUGUCAUCCAUCUGCUUGUUCAUCUCGCCUUGGUCAUACUCAAGUGUGCCCCGUUUGUGGUCGAUCAUUGCUCAAUCGUCAAAGUGACCAUAUUCAAAAAGAAAACCCAUCAAGCCUCACACUAAGAAUGAUCAACUUAAUUCGAGCUACUGUAGCACCUCGUCAGAUAUCACAAUAUGAUCGUGUAUGUCAUGCCUGUUGGUUGAGGUUUAAAAGACAAGCUCUUUUAACUCAACAACAGGAUGAAAGAAGAGGCUUAGAAGGUGAUGAGACUCCUCACGGUCAAGAAGAAGUGGAACAGCCUGUUGAUGCAGUUCAUGUUCCAGAAUUACAACCUCCCCCGUUUCUUGCAAGUACAGAUGAAAGGGAUUCGUCUGUAGAAUCAGUUGCAGCUCCAGAGGUUCAUUCGCUACAAUCUCAAACCCAACAAUCAAGCAAAGACCAAGAAGCCAAUGAGGAAGGAUUAGGUUACAGAGUUGUAAUGAAACUUGGAAGGAAUUUACCACGAAACACACAUUUGGUUUUUGACAAUUUUUUCUCCUCUUUGUCUCUCAUGGAAGCUCUUUAUCAUAGAGGUAUUUUGGCAACAGGAACAGUACGAAUGAAUCGAAAAGGCCUAUCUAAAGAUCUGUGUCCAACACGACCUAAUACACCUGAAGACCGAAGACAGGCCAAAGAAAAUAAAUUGGAUCUUGGAGAGUUUACAUACCGCUUCUGCCACCCUUGUACUGUUGUCAAAUGGCAAGACACUAAAGAAGUUUUCGUCGUAACAACUGCCGUUAACCCAACCAAAGUGGAAGUGAUCCAGAAAACACAAAAGAACGGGCAAAAGAAAGACAUGUUUUGUCCUACUGCGAUCGCAGAGUACAAACGGAGUAUGGGUGGUGUGGAUCAUCUUGAUCACUAUCGAAGUUCCUACUCAAUUGGCCGCAGAUCAAAAAGUCCUGGUUCCGGAUGUUUUGGUUCCUGUUUGAGAGUGCCAUUGUAA